UCUUCACCUGUUUUCUUCGGCUUGGGUAACAGGAAGCUUCGGCGCUAUCAGUCUGUCGGUUAACUAGUCUCUUAAAGAAGUUUAAAUCCAGCUGAGCUGGAGUCGGUUGUUGGUUGUGAAGAAAACGUGGCGGGAGGCUCGCUAAGAUGUUCAGGGCUAGCGGCAUUUUGAAGUCGGCGGCGCUCAUCUUAGCGUUCCUCCUUGCUGUCUUUCUGGCUUUUCAGCUGCUGGAGAUAAACGUGGAAUUCAAACUAGGCAGCGUGAUGUCCAGAUCUUUGCCAGAAAGUGAAGCUCACACAAAGCCAGCUGUGCAUAAAUGUGGACUUUCCAAGGCGUGUCCACCUGGACACAUGGCCUUCAAGCUGACCAGCGGAGCUGCCAGUGUGGUCGGCCCCAGAAUGUGCCUAGAGGACAAACUAUUAAUGAGCAGUGUAAAGAACAAUGUUGGGAGAGGGAUCAAUAUCGCCUUGCUCAAUGGAAAAACAGGAGAACUAAUAAAGACAGCUUAUUAUGACAUGUGGGCAGGAGACGUGGCUCCAUUUAUUAAAUUUCUCAAAGAAAUUGAAGAUGGGACAAUCGUAAUGAUGGCUUCAUUUGAUGACUCAGCAUCAAAACUCAAUGAUGAAGCCAGGAAGCUGAUUGCAGAUCUGGGCAGCUCGGCUGUGGGGAACCUGAGCUUCCGGGACAACUGGAUCUUUGUAGGAGGGAAAGGCAUCAAGACCAAAACCCCAUUCGAACAGCACAUAAAGAACAGUGCCGACACGAACAAAUACGAGGGCUGGCCCGAAGUCUUGGAGAUGGAAGGCUGCAUACCGCAGAGGCAGACCUGAUCCCACUGGUGUAGUUUCACCUGUUCAGCCGGUCUGUCCUGCUGUCUCAGUUCGGAUUGGUCAGAUGUCUUUCCAUUUGAACCUAAAGCAGAUUUGGACGCCGCUUUUCAGUUUGAAAAAGAGUAAUAAACUACAGAGCGGGAGAACAGA